AUAAAUUUAAAUUCAAGAUGAGAAAAGGCAACCAAGACUACAACAUGAGGCAGUAUCCUUCAUCUAAAAGAAGAGGGAAAAAUAAGUCUAAAGAAAACAAAGGAAGAUAUAUCAAUUACAGGACGUCGACUUCGUCAUGUUCGAACCACAGUUACCUUAACCCGAGCAUCAUAAAUAACAAAACGAGUGCAGUUCCGUUUACCGAGUGCUUCCCAGUCAAGGGCAAGAGGAGGAAGACUCCAAGCAAAUAACAAAGAUGACCGCCAGGUAAAUAGUUAUCUCCAGUCGGAUAUGAACGAAAUGCUCCAAGGCAUGAUGAGCCAGCUAUAUCAUACUGCAGGAGGCAAUGGUAAAUAAAAUAAAUCUUAAAUCAAAUACUCGAAAAGGAACUAGUUCAAAGAGAAAAGGACAUUCCAAAGAAAAACAUAAGAAUGCUAACAAAAGAAGACCAAUGAGUGUAUUUGAGCAAUCUAGAGCAAUUAAUAAUCAGACUAUGCUUAACGAAAUUCAGUUUGAUAGAAUGAGGAAUUCUAAAAUUUCUCCCAAUCCUCCUCAAGCUCCUUUAUCUCAGCAAAUUACUAUCGAUAGAAGGAGUGCAUACACUCAAAUAUCAGCUCUGAGAGAUAUUCAAAAGAUCCAGAAUAAGCUUGAAAUGAGGGCAAAUGUGAGCCCUGAUAGAAACUACAGCGAUGCAACUACUGCAACGGGGAGUCAUGAUGAAAGAAGAGUCUCGAUUUACUUAAGAGCUCUUUCUGAAGUUGCUCAAUCUAAUCCAGAAUGUUCUAGUCUGUUCAAUUACAUCACUGAAUUAGUUGACUCUCUCUUUCAGUCUUUACUCAAGAAGAAAAAUGAUGAGAACGAGUCCAUAGCUCAGAAAAUUGAGAAAACAAAAAAGGAGAUUCUUGAAGAAAGAAGAGGAAAAGAGAAAGCCCAAAAUUUGUACCAGAAAUUGUUGUCUGCAGGAGAUAAUAUAACUACAAUGGAAGAAAAGAGAUCGCUGAUCCAACAAAUGCACCAAAAGAUUCAAAAUAAAGAAGAGCAGAACAAACAAUUAGCUCUUGAAGUCAGAAAGUUAAGAAAAAGAGAACUUGAGAUAAUAAAAAGAUGGGAUAUGGAUGACAUUGAUUUAGUCACCGAGCGACUUAAAUUAAUAAAAUCAACAGCCUCUUCAGACUUUUCAAAAAAAUCAUCAAAACUAAACAAGAAGGCCAGAAAAUCUAAUAUUGUUCCAACUCUUGACUUUACCAGAGUCUACGAAAUUCAGAAUGAACAGAACAUGGAUUAUGAGGAAGAAGAGGAAGAAGAUGAAGAAGAGCAAGAAUUUGACCAUGGCCAUCUCUCAGAAUCAGCAAAGAGACAGAUCGAACUUCAAAGCAGAAAAUAACAAGAUCAUAGCUAUUUUGAAUAAUCAAUGUGACGGAAAAGAGGAAGAAAGCGCCCCAGAAAGUAUCCCUCAGAGCGAAGAUUCGCCAAGGACUAAGCUUCGCAAAAAACUUGGUGCAGCAUUUUAGAUGGAAGAAUAAAAGAAGAGAAGAAUAAACUAGCAGAUCAGAAUAGAUAACACUUCUGAUAGUCUAAAUGCAUAAAUUAUUAUUAAAUAU